UGCCGUUCUUUCCUUGCAGGGGGACCACGAGGUGAUGCGCUUUAUGGGGAACGACACGACUGAGCAGGACUUCAAGCUGAUUCUGUACGACUCCUCGGGUUCGCUACUGGUCGGCGGCAGAAAUGUGAUAUACAACCUCAGCGUGUCGGACCUGCAGGAACAAACUCGGGUCGUGUGGCAUCCUAACACGGGCCACAAGAAGUCCUGCAUGAUGAAGGGCGGCACGGAGAACAGCUGUCAGAACUACGUAAGGAUCCUGAUGGAGACGUCUCCCGGACAUUUUCUCAUCUGUGGCACCAACGCGUACAAUCCCAUGUGUCGGGAGUUCAGGCUGGCGAACGGAGUCCUGGAGCAGGAAAAGGAGUUCCCAGGACGUGGCUUGUGUCCCUUCGAUCCAGCGCACAACAGCACCGCCGUGUUUGCAGAUGACCAGCUGUAUGUAGCCACUAUCGCGGAUUUCGCCGGGCUGGAGCCGCUCAUCUACCGCAACCCGCUGAGGACAGAGCAGUACGACUUAGCCACCCUCAAUUAUCCAAACUUUGUGAGUUCUUUUGCACUGGGAGACUUUGUAUAUUUCUUCUUCCGUGAAAUUGCCGUGGAGUAUCUUAACUGUGGCAAGACCCUGUAUUCACGCGUGGCCAGAGUCUGCCGCCAUGACAAGGGUGGACCACACAAGUUCCGCAACAAGUGGACCUCCUACCUCAAGUCCAGACUCAACUGUUCCGUCUCAGGGGACUUUCCCUUUUAUUUCAAUGAGAUCCAGGCUGUCACAGACCCAGUAGAGGGACGCUAUGGGGGUCAUGCCACAACCUUGGUCUACGGUAUCUUCACAACACCUGAGAACUCCAUUCCCGGGUCAGCCAUCUGCGCCUUCACUUUCCAGGACAUCAUGGACACUUUUGAAGGGCCUUUCAAGGGACAGGCAUCAGUUCAUGCCAAUUGGCUGCCUGUGCAAUCCACAAAGGUCCCUGAACCCAGACCAGGCCAGUGUGUGAAGGAUUCCAGCACACUGCCUGAUGUUACCCUCAACUUCAUAAAGUCUCAUUCUCUCAUGGAUGAAGCAGUGCCUGCAUUCUUUGGUCAGCCCGUCAUGAUCAGCACCAGUUUUCGGUACAGUGGGCGGUUCACUGCCAUCACGGUGGAUCCUCAGGUGCGCACUGCUACUAAGAAAGCAUAUGAUGUGCUCUUCAUAGGAACAGAUGAUGGCAAAGUGAUCAAGGCCAUCAACACCAAAUCAGCCGACUCAUAUCAGGAAGUUGAGCCAUUCAUCAUUGAGGAGAUUUCAGUGUUCCCUUCCCAUGUUGCUGUCACCGUGCUCCGGGUACUAAGACCCAGAGGGAAGUCUCCACGCCUCCUAGUGGGAUCACACUCCAGGAUCUACACCGUUGCCCUGGCUCGUUGCUACAAAGACAAGAUAAUGUCCUGCAGUGAAUGUGUGGCCCUGCAAGAUCCCUACUGCUCAUGGUAUAAAGAUAUACACAAGUGUCAACUAACCACUCAAGACAAGGAAUCAAUCCAGAAUGUGAGUGAAGGUGUACAUAGUGACUGUGGCAAGCCUGAGAUAAAGACCAAAAAACCUUCUGCGUCAGUUGACAAAUGGGACACAACUGGUUCACCUCCCACUGAUUAUGGACAUGCUGGUAAUGGAGAUCACAAUCUUCCCAGCACCACCAGUGUCCCUCUUCAGUUCACUGCUGAAACUCUUGCUAUUGCUGUAGCAUCAGCAACCAUUGGUGCACUUAUAUUAGGAUUCAUCACCGGAUUUUUCUGUGGCAAGAAAUGCAACAAAGAUGAGGACAACCAGCUGUACGCCGACACUGACUACGAAUAUUUUGACCAAAGGCAGAACCCAAAUAGUUAUCUUCAUCACUCUUUCAAUCAGAAAUCUUCCAUACACCUUACCAGCCGUCUCACUAGCGAUCUGCCAGAGGAGGUGACAUAUGCUGAGCCAGUGCUGGUGCCUCAAUCCCUGAACAAGCCUGUCAACCUGGUGUUGAACAUGUCCCCCAAAGCUACCCUCAAGACCCCUGGCUCCAACACACCUGGGGGAAAUGUAGGCACUGUAGGAGCUCCCAUGGGACCCUCCCUUGGCCUUCCUACUACAGGAGUCUCAGCAGGUCCCCAUGACAUACCCUUACACUACACUCCAGAAUCUUACUCCACCCAUGGCACCCUACGCUCCUCUGAGAAGUAUGGCACACGGGGGCGUGACCACCGCCAAAGGGACUUUGACCACAGGCUAGAUGGCUAUUCUACUACUCGCUCUGUCAAGAAGGUGUACCUGUGAGGUGCCUGCUGUCAUGAAGUCCUGGCCCCCUCUCUUCCCUCAAAGGGCCCUCAUGUGUCCCACACAUGGGAUACAUGAGUCUUUGCCUUGUCCUAGCUUAGCAUAUGCCAGAAGCGCACGGAAGGGCCGGCCAGCCGCACCCAGGCCAGUGGUAUACAGAAGUGUUCCACUAUCCCUGAGAGUGCCAUGCAGCGGGCCCAUCUGGCCCCUCUCGCCGCCAGUAUUAUGUAUAUACUGUACCACCUUAGUGCCAAGAGACACUUCUGCUCCUUCAGUAAAUCUCCUAUAAUCAAAGUAUUCUGUAGCUAGUGUCAUGUAAAUCAAACUUCUGGGUCAUGAGAGUGCUGGCAAUACUCCAUUAUGACUAGCAAGCAUGAGAAGACAUAGGGUGUAAGAAGUGACUUAGAUUAAUUUAGAAACAAUAUAAUGUUAAUACUCCGGAGGUUAUAUGGAAAUAAGUACGUGACCAUUGACUGAAUCUGUCGCCGAGCAGCAAAAUAGUGAAAGAAAUCCUGAGCCAGCAAAACAAACAAAUGAUGAUCAUACUCCGGUUUACUGGAAAACUAAGUUAAGAUUUUUUCAUGACUGAAAAUUAUCUGCAGCCCAAGGAGCAAGGCCACAUAGUGCUGGCCUGGGCAGAACUGAAAGUGCACAUUAUUUAAGGUGUUGAGUAGAGUGCACAUGAAAGGCCUUUCUUUUGAUUUGUUUCUUUUGAUUUUCUCCAUAAGAUUAAGCCAAGUGUGAAUUAAUGACUGUAAUUACCAGGACACUGUAUAGCUUCUUGGUUUUUACAGUAAAGCCACUGACCACAGGAUGUAUAUUGGCUUUUCUGAGUUAGAUCACACUGACAUCAGAAAACUAAACCAAAGCACACUGUGGGAGUGUUCCUGCAGCAACCACUGAAGGAAGUGCUAGGUCAUAGUGUCCCAUAGUGUGGUACUUUACAGCCUGACAGAUGUGAAUGUGCAACCCUUGCCCUGUUUAGUUGGGCCACAACACUGAUCUGGACACUACCAUCACACCUGUAUGUAUAAGGUACCCUAGCAGGGAUCAGUUACUUCCCUGUUCUUGGCUAGUAUAUAUAUAUACAUGAAUAUAUAUACUAAUGUAACAUAUGACCCAUUCCUAUUGCUAUAUUCUCAUAGACAAUUUUUGCCUGGAAUUCCUUCUGUCUCAGACUUAUGAUAAUUUUUAUUUAGAAUGGAUGAAUUGUAAAUAAUGUACUCUUUGUCUAAUGUAGGAGCAGUUAUAAGUAGAUGGCAGGAUCAGUGAUUUUUAAGCCUCCGAUACGUAUUCUUAAAGCCUGAUCCCGUCUGUAGCUUGGGUAUGACUUUGGUGUAAAACCUAAUACAGGUUCAUAAUUGAUGAUCUCCUCACAAACAUGAACUAACAAGUCAUAUUCAACAAAUACCCUAUGUCUAAUGAGGAAAGAAAAUGGGGAAGUUACAUUCCUAGGGAGAUGAAAUUUUCCUUAGUAUUAAAUAGUGUUAAUGUGCACAGUCUAGUGCUAAAAAAAAUCAUUCACAAUGAUUAUUCCACCUAAGUACAUACAUAAAACCCCCUUCAAUAAUUAUAGAAGGAAGAACAUUGUCUGGUCAAGUAUGUGGUGUCAGCCUUGUGGCACAGGCUGUGGAGACUUGCAAGACCCAUCCUCUCUCACCCAACUGGUGGGACUACAUUUCCCUUCUGAAGCAUUUAUAUUUGUAACUCAGAUCUUUUAUUAAGUGGCACAAAAGGGGCACAAAAUAUUGGUGCUUUUGAGUAAUCUGAAUAUUUUCUUCUCAUUUACCAGUGAGAGAAAGUAAUGAAUGACCUCUCUCUCUCUCUCUCUCUCUCUCUCUCUCUCUCUCUCUCUCUCUCUCUCUCUUUGAGAAUGCAUUAGUCUAGGUAUAGGCAGUUUCAACUAGAGAAAAUAAGAAGGCUCUAAAAAGAUUAUGCCUCUGCAAAAUGACACAAAUGAGCAUCAUUAGGUAAACCUUAACAUUGCUGGUAAUAUUGUGCCAGUAUAAAUAACAAGCUGUCAAAUGAGAUUUUUCUCAAAGCUACAAAGAUACUGUAGUCAGGUUCAUAAAGUGUGUAAAGAUAUCAUUAGCAAUCUUGAAAAUAUCAAAACUCAAGUUACUGAAGCUUCAGAAUUGGAUCAUUUAAUUCAUACUUCAACAUAAUCAAUAUUAAGUCCUCUUUUUAAGUUUUUUUGCUUAUCUGUUAUUGGGAUGUUGAAAUUAAAAAGAAAAGCCAAACAAAAUUAUGUUGAGUGAUUGACAGUUAUUGUGUCCUGAGAGCCUUGUUGUGAUGAAGUUUUGAGGGGUAAUCCACAAUUUAUCUUUGUCAUUAUUCAUGCAUACUGCGCAUUUCAUCUUAGGUCCGAGACUGUAAGGCUAGAAGUAUGGAAAUAAAGAAUAAAGGGGAUUUUUUUAUAAAUCACAAUGGUAGAAGAGUUGGUGUACAGUGUAGCUUUGUGGUGACUGUAGUGUGGGUUUUGCUUAUGGCUGUAAGGGUGAGGCAGAGUUCUGGCAUGGAGUGGUCACAUCCUUCACACCAAAUUUCUCCCAUAAAAAUUCAAAUCACCUAGCCUCUCUCUCCCUCAUGUUGGUGGCUGCCAGGGUGGGAGGGGCGGAAAGGAGGGCCACCAGAAGCAAGAUUCUGGUCACAAACACAGAUUGUUUAAAGCUGUGACUCAACUAGGCUUGCGUUCUGUCAGAUACAUGUCAGGAGUUGUUGUGUAUUUUAGGCAGAUUUCCUCAAACCUUCACUGUGACUGUUGCUCUUCUAACAAAUUAUUGUUUACAACCAAUUAUUGAGACCAUUUUGAAAAAUAGUAUUCAACAAUAUAUACUUUCCUGUACUUCUCUUGAAAAAGAAAUUUAGCUUUCUUUAGAUUCUUGAUUAGGAAAAUUUCAAUAUGUAACUUCUAGUUAGCUAAAAAAAAAAAAAAUAGCAAAAAAUAAAAGUAAUAGGAAAUCAUUCAUCAUCUGCAGACUUGUUUCUGAAAAAAAUAUAGUUGCUGUGGGAGUAAGAGUGAGGAGCAAGGCGGGUUAGACCAGUAGCAAAGUGCGUAGUGCUGUUAGUGAUGCUUGAGGUGACAUGCUGCUGAGAUCAGUGUACAGGGGUCUGUUUUGAAGCUCUGUAGAUAAAAAGAUACUGCACCUGUUUAUCUUAAAAGCUUAGUUCUUCUGCUCUUGAAAAAGGUUUGAGGGAUAGUAUCUAAUUCUAGGCUUAUUGAAGGACUGUAUCAUAAGGAUAAAGUGACUGACUGUAUUACACCCAGUACUGAGCGAGCCAUAAUAUUAAUGCAUCAUGUAGUGGGGAGAUGGUCUGUCCCAGCUUUUGCCACACAUUCCAGUGCUCAUGUGUCACUGACAUAUAUUACCUGAUGUAAAAAGUUCAGGAAAGCAAUUGGUCAAUAGACAUCUAGACCUCAGUACCAUCAGUAUAGGUGGAACUGUGUGGUGGUGCUGGUAGAACCCAUCACCCUCUGUGGCAGCUAAUGUGUCAUCAAAUUUGAAAAAAAAAUACAAAAAAAAAAACCAUAUAGUGUACAAGAAUUUAUUUUGGGUUAUUUCUUCCAUGGAGAGAAAUUCAGUUCUUGUGAUAAUUAACCAAACAUUUAUACAUAUUAUUUUUUAAAAGGCAGUAGUCAUUAUCAUUAGAAUUGCAAGGAACUUAAGAAUUAGAGAUGCAUCAAGUAAACGGUGGCAUGGUCAGCCCCUAGCCUCAUGUAGCCCUACCCCGCCCUGCCCUGCCCCGCCCCCACCCCACCCUUGAACACCCUUGGCGGCCCCCAACCUCCAAACUCCCAUAGGUACAUGCUUCCCGCCCUCCCUCUGCCCCGUGCAGGAACACACCAUCAUUGUUAUAAUAAAAUGUACAUUAAAGAAA